AUGUCAACAAAAGAAACAAACAUUGCUGUAAAAACAGUGCCGGAUGAUGCAAACCGGACAUAUAUAGUGGCAACCGCGGUGCGACAAGCGUUGUCCAUUGCUGGUAAAGGUCAAAAUCAAAAGGAUUGGGAAGUAGCAAGUAAAGCUAUAAUGGAUAACAAACAACUUACGGACACUGAAAGAAACACAAUUUUACAUUUGUUGGAUAAUAAACCUAUCGUCAUAUAUGUUAAUAAUUAA